AUGCGGGGACUACUUCUGUUUCUGGCGUCCAUUGUGGGCGCUGCAGUCAUUGGACCUCGAACCGAUGGUCCUGAUCAAUGCCCUGGCUACAAAGCCGUCAACAUUAAAGAACAUGACAGCUCUCUCACUGCUGACUUGGUUUUGGCUAACGAUGCUUGCAACUUGUAUGGCUCUGAUCUGCCAAACCUCUCGUUGCUUGUGGAGUAUCAGACCGACAAUCGGCUCCAUGUUUUGAUUCAGGACGCCGAUGAAGAUGUUUAUCAAGUUCCUGAAACUGUGUUGCCUCGCCCCUCCUCUCAAAGCACUCACCGUGAUAACUCUGUCCUUCGUUUCGAUUACCAGCCUGAGCCAUUCAGCUUCAGAGUCCUCCGUGGUGAUCAGGUCUUGUUUGACACAACUGACACCAACAUCGUCUUUGAGACUCAGUAUCUGAAUCUGCGCACCUGGCUUCCCGAUGAUCCCAAUCUAUAUGGACUGGGUGAGCAUUCUGAUUCACUGCGCUUGCCAACUACGAGCUACACUCGCACUCUAUGGAGCCGUGAUGCUUAUAAAAUUCCCGCCGGCACAAACCUGUAUGGCAACCACCCUAUCUAUGUGGACCAUCGCGGGAGUUCAGGUACUCACGGCGUAUUCUUCUUGAACUCCAAUGGCAUGGACAUCAAGAUCGACAAGUCCUAUGAUGGCAGACAGUUCCUGGAAUACAAUACUCUGGGAGGUGUAUUCGACUUCUAUUUCUUGGCGGGUCCGACCCCCAAGGAUGUGAGUAUGCAGUACUCGGAGAUUGUUGGCCUUCCUGCCAUGCAGAGCUACUGGUCCUUUGGUUUCCAUCAAUGCCGAUAUGGAUACCAGGAUGCGUAUGAGGUAGCUGAAGUUGUCUACAACUACAGCCGUGCGCAUAUCCCGCUAGAGACUAUGUGGACGGACAUUGACUACAUGGAUGAGCGCCGAGUGUUUACCCUGGAUCCCGUGCGAUUCCCAUUGGAAGAGAUGACUGAGCUGGUAAACUAUCUCCACAAACACGACCAGCAUUAUAUUGUGAUGGUUGAUCCGGCUAUCAGUGAUAGUGACAAUGGUGCUUUCUUCAGAGGCAAAGAGCGUGGUGUUUUUCUCUAUCGUGACCAGAACAACGUCUAUCAAGGUGCUGUUUGGCCAGGAGUGGCUGUCUAUCCCGACUGGUUCAACCCCGAGACCCAGGCUUAUUGGAAUGGCGAGUUCCAGCGGUUCUUCGACGAAGAGAGCGGCAUUAAUAUUGAUGGCCUAUGGAUUGAUAUGAACGAAGCCUCCAAUUUCUGUUCCUGGCCAUGCAAGGACCCGGCAGAUUAUGCACAGCAAAACGGCCUUCCUCCACUUCCUCCUAUGGCUCGUUUUCCACCUCGUCCUUUACCUGGUUUCCCCAAGGACUUUCAACCGGGACCUGGUGGACCCACAACGUCAAAGCGAUCCCUCAAUCUGAACCAUCGUGACACCAAGGGCCACAAGGUUGGGUUGCCUUAUCGCGACCUAACUUCUCCUCAAUAUCAGAUUGCCAAUGCUGCUGGGUCUCUGAGCAACAAAACGAUUGAUACUGACAUCAUACAUGCUGGCAUUGGGUAUGCCGAGUAUGAUACUCAUAACCUCUAUGGUACCAUGAUGAGCUCCGCAUCUCGCGAAGCCAUGCUCUUACGCCGCCCCACGGUUCGACCCUUGGUUAUUACACGAAGCACAUUCGCCGGUGCUGGUGCUCAUGUCGGCCACUGGCUCGGUGACAACCGCAGCGAAUGGGACAAGUACCGUAUCUCUAUCGCCCAGAUGCUCCAAUUUGCUUCCAUUUUCCAAAUUCCCAUGGUUGGAUCCGACGUCUGCGGCUUUGGUGGUAACACUACUGAAGAGCUUUGCGCACGCUGGGCUACCCUCGGCGCGUUUUACCCUUUCUACCGCAAUCACAACGAACUGGGUAGUAUCCCGCAGGAAUUUUACCGCUGGGCUUCAGUUACGGAUGCCGCCCGCAAGGUCAUCGAUAUCCGCUACCGGUUGCUUGAUUACCUAUACACAUCUUUCCACCGCCAGACCGAGACUGGCGAGCCAUUCCUCCAGCCACUUUUCUACGUAACCCCCAACGAUGCGAAUACCUUCAACAACCAGCUCCAAUUCUUCUACGGGGAUGCAAUCCUGAUCUCUCCAGUUCAGGACCAAGGUCAAACGUCCGUCGACGCGUACUUCCCCGGUAGCGAUUGGGAAGUGUUCUACGACUGGCACACCGGCGAGAAGAUUCAGGGAGGUCAAACAAUCACGCUGAAGAAUAUCGGCAUCACCGAAAUUCCGAUCCACAUCCGUGGAGGGUAUAUUCUCCCCCUCCGCUCUAAGAGUGCAAAGACAACAACCGAGCUUCGCCAUCGUGGCUUCGAAAUCGUUAUCGCACCGAACAGUUCUGGCUAUGCAAAGGGUCAGCUGUAUCUUGAUGAUGGCGAGUCCCUCUCUCAGGAUUCUACAUCCACAGUUGACUUUGAGUAUAAAGAUGGUCAGCUGAAGAUCGAUGGUGACUUUGGCUAUCAAGGCACGGCCGCUGUUGUGGAUUCUGUGACUCUGCUUGGUCAAAGCCACAGUCAUGUUCGUCGGGAUGGGGACUCUGAUGACGACUCCCAGGAUGCAGACUUUGAUGAAGAUGAUUUCUUCAAUACUGACCGCCAGGCUUUGACUAAGUCUGUUCAUAUUGUUAUGAUGGGUCCUGUCGUCAUUGAUAUCUGA